AUGAUUAAAGCUAUUUUAGUGUUUAAUAAUCAUGGAAAGCCGCGGUUAUCGAAAUUUUACCAAUAUUUCAAUGAGGACAUGCAACAACAGAUAAUAAAAGAAACAUUUCAACUGGUCUCGAAGAGGGAUGAUAAUGUCUGCAACUUCUUAGAAGGUGGCAGUCUUAUUGGCGGUUCAGACUACAAGUUGAUCUACCGACACUAUGCAACACUAUACUUCGUCUUUUGCGUGGAUUCAUCAGAGAGUGAGCUGGGCAUUUUGGAUUUAAUACAGGUUUUCGUAGAGACACUGGACAAGUGCUUUGAGAAUGUCUGCGAGCUGGACCUGAUCUUCCACGCAGAUGCUGCCCACCAGGUCUUAGAUGAGCUGGUGAUGGGUGGUAUGGUGCUACAAACGAAUAUGGCAGAUAUCCUUUGCAGGCUACACGAGCAGAAUAAAAUGCAAAAGGCUGAGGCCGGCCUAUCAGCUGCUCCGGCGAGGGCUGUCUCAGCAGUAAAGAGCAUGAAUCUCCCUCAGCAACUUCGAGAUAUGAAGUUACCCGAUCUACCACAAGCCAUCAAGGACCUGAAGUUCUGA